AUGGCCGCCCACCUCCCCUCGAGAGGAAGCCUCCUCUGCCGGCGCACCACCACCUCAUCACCCUCCCUCCUGCUCAGCUCCUCCGCCUCCUCAUCACGAACCAGCACAUCCCACACGGCAACGAGCAGGCCCACGCCCUUCUCAACGACCCAGCUCCGGCACGCGACCCUCGUGCCCCGGCCCCGCCGGCCCUACCACUUCACGCAGCUAGUCCAGCUCUCCGACGGCAGCACCUACACGGUGCGCACGACCUCGCCCGUGCCCCUGCACCGCUCGACCAAGGACACCCGCAACCACGUGCUCUGGCAGCCGUCGGAGAAGUCCCUGCGCAACGUCGAGGUCGACGAGGCCGGCAAGCUGGCCGCCUUCCGCGAGCGCUUCGGCCGCGGCUGGGACGCCGCCGAGGCCGAGGAGGUCGAGGACACGUCGACGCGGGCCGGCAAGAAGGCCGCCGCGGCCAAGGCAGCUGCGGCCGAGGCCGAGGCUGCCACUGAGGCGGCCAAGCCCAAGGCUGCGGCGGCGGAGGACCCGUUCGAUUCGCUGGCCGACUUGAUCAGCGGGUAUGCCGCGCAGAGCGAGGUGCCACGCGGCGGCGGCCUGAGUGCCAAGGACCAGGCGAAGAAGGACAAGGCCUCCAAGAAGAAGAAAUAG